AUGCCACUGUCAGUGUCACCACCGAUAUCACCAAAAACUAUCAGGCACCCCAAACGUUCUCGCCAGUCUUCGAAAUGCGAACUGUCGGUAGAGGAAUUGAAUCAAGACGAUAUUGGAUAUGAUGGAGAUGUCGAAGUCAUCCGACCAGAACAGUACGAGGAGCCAUCUUCCGAGUCAGAUGAUGACAAGCCAGCACCACAUCUCAUUCCAGACGUUGAUGAGGAAAUAACUCGUGGUAUGCGGCAAUUGGGAUGGCGGCAGUCUUCAUCAAAACUGCAGACUAACGGUCUCGGCGGACCACAAGGUCACAACUCAGAUGGCUUGCAAUCCAGUCCGCUCAAUCAACAUGGGAAGCGAGGUGAAGUCGAUGUGGCAGACUUCGGCGACGUGCAGAGCCGAGCACCACCUGCUAAGCGCCGGAAGAAGCGAGGGUCGCAGUCAAGUAUCGCCCAUCGUUUGAUGAGAGGCAAACCCCACCAGCAGCAGACCGACAGCUCUGAUAAGACUGAAGGCCAGCGUACACCUCUGGUGGACACAUCAACAGGCUCAACAGGAUUCUCAGAAGGGCCACCAGAAGCUUGCAAUGACGAGAUGGUUCUUGACUGA